AUGGCGGCAGUGAUGACGCAGAAGCGCACGAACCUCGACGACGACGAGGAAGAGGGAGGAGCGGGAGCAGCUCCGGCCUCGUCACGUUCGCCCCUCCACGGCGACAUCCUCGAGCUCACGCUCUCCCACGUGCCCCUCGUCGACCUCGUCCCCGCCGCCCGCGUGUCCACGUCCUGGAGCCUCGCCGUCUCCUCCUCCCUCCGCCACCUCCGCAAGCCCAAGCCCUGGCUCCUGGUCCACUCCCAGAGCACGCGGCCGCCGCACGCCGUCUCCGCGCGCGCCUACGACCCCCGCUCGGGCGUCUGGAUGGACCUGGUGGCGGGGCAUGAGCGGCGCGCGCCGGCGGCGAGCCUGGCGUCGGCCCUCCGGUCGUCGCACUCGACGCUGCUCUAUGGGGUCUCCCCGGCGACGCUCUCCUUCUCGUCCGACCCGCUCCACCUGGCGUGGCGCCACGCGAGCCCCCCCUCCGCGUGGCGGGUCGACCCGGUCGUGGCCCUCGUUGGCAGCCGCCUCGUCGUCGCGGGCGGCGCCUGCGACUUCGAGGACGACCCCCUCUCCGUCGAGGUCUACGACACGCGGGCCCACACGUGGAGCGUGUGCGCAUCCAUGCCCGUCCCGCUCAAGGACUCCUCCGCAUCGGCGUGGCUCUCCGUCGCCGCCGACUGCCGGAGGAUGUACGUCAUGGAGAAGCUGACUGGCGUGACGCACGCAUUCGAUCCGGAGGUAGGGGCGUGGCUCGGGCCGUACGACCUGCGCCCGGACCACGACGUUUUCUACUCCGUGAUCGGCUUUGCGGGCGACCGCCUUGUCGUGGCGGGGCUCCUGGGCAAUUCAGAGGACGUGAAGGGCGUGAAACUGUGGGGAUCGAUGGCCGUCGGGGCGGACGAGCUCGAAGAGAUCUGUGAGAUGCCGGAGGAGCUGGUGAAGGAAUUGAAGGACGAUAAUUACUGCGUCUCCUCCAUCGGCAUGUGUUCCAGGGGUGACUUUGUGUAUGUGUACAGCAAUUCGAAGCCUGAGAUCGUGUUUUGGUGCGAAAGGGAAGAUGAAUCUGGCGUCUGGAGGUGGGGGACCGUGCGUGACGCGGCGGCGAGAGGCCGGAGGCAGGGUCAGAGGGUGGCGUACACCUGCUCCGAAGUUGGGGUCAGGGAGCUGCGGGAGGCGGCGGCGGCCGGGAACGGGAGGUUCACGGUGGUGGAUGGGCGGUGA